AAAAUGACGGAUAAAGAAACCAAACGCUUGGACGACUACAUCAAGUUCGGUCCCUAUGUGAUUUGCGUUUGCAUUUUGGCAGAAUUGAUGAUACUGCCCCAGGUAUCGUCGAUGGUCUACAUGAUGUAUGCAGGUGCUUCUCCAAAGUUAGCGUCAUGUGAGGACGGCAGUGUUUUUGAUAGCGCCCUUGAAGAAAAAGAGGUCUGUACAAUUUACCACGAGAUCGAAUCGCAUAACUGUUCAUCGCCAAUGCUAAGUUAUCAGUUCAAGUCAGUGAACGUUGAGGUAGUAGUUACGAAAUUAUGGCCCAUUUCUUAA